AUGUGCACUGCAAUCACCGCCGCUGCAGGGCCUGCCGCUACGACAAACACCGCAACGAUGGUCCUGGCGCAGCAACAGAACAUCACCGCUGAGGCGAAUCCCCAACCAGUGCAGGGUGCAAAUUUGGUCAGUGAGGCAGGCAACAACAACAACAACGGCAGCCACCGCCGAAGCAGCUCUCCAAGGUCGUCCAGCAUUAGGCGAUCACGGAACGGCUCCUCGAAUGGCAGCAAAAAAAUAGCCAGCAGCAGCAGCAAGGCGGCGGAGGGCGGCGGCUCAAAGAAGGCGAAACGAAUGAAGAAGUCGCCCUCGACCAUAUCGCCCAACUCCGACGAAAUUCGCAAUGAGGCGCUGGCCAUUGAGCGUGAGCACAGUGUAGGCGGCAAGUGUGGUCGAGCUGCCAUCAGCCGACCCACCUGUGCAAUGUGCGGCAGUUCGCUCUCCAAGUCCAUCAGCCAGGCGUCCACCUUCUCCAAUGUCAUCGUGGAGCGACCGAGCGACAGUGGCAGCGUCCAGACGACUGCCAGUGCUCAGGCGGCUUUGCAAG